AGACAGGAGGCAGCAGCAGCAGCAGCAACAGCAGCAGCGGAGCAGCAGCAGCGGGCGGAGGGAUGAGAGGUGAGGUCACGUCUCCCCUGAGCCCAGCGCUGGCUUUUCAGAGCUUCUUCUGGAGCCCCCGACCAGAGUCCGCAGCUUCGGCACUCGUCCUGUGCUGCCCCCGCCUCCUCGGCCUCUCCCAUGUCUCAGCACAACCCCCCGUCGGACUCCAAGCGGUCUUUGGACUGCAGUUCCGAGACCCACAUCGAGGAUGAGGUCCCCGAGGAGGAAGAGGAGAUCCAGAUGCCCCCCAACUACCUGCUGCUCACCAUUUUGUCCUGCUUCUGCCCCGCGUACCCCAUCAACAUAGUGGGCUUCGUCUUCUCCAUCAUGUCUCUAAACAGCUUUAAUCAAGGUGACAUAGAAGGGUCAAAGAGAUUGGGCCGAAAUGCCAAGUGGGUCGCCAUUGCAUCAAUCAUCAUUGGCCUUCUGAUCAUCGUCAUCUUUUGUACAGUCAACUUCACAAUGGAAAGAUAAUCUGAAAGCCUGAAACUACAAUGAAGUAUCAACAGCAUCUGAGAAUGGCAGACCGGGUGUUCCUGAAGAGUGGCCUUUCAUUUCAGACUGUCAGAUUCUAUUGUUAUCCUCUCAGGCUU